AUGGAAAUAAAUAAAGAAAAUGUGGUGCAAGCAGUUGUUAUUAUGGACACAUUCAAUAGUAACUUCUCGCCUAUAAAUAAAACAAAACCGAUGGGAUUAUUUAACGUAGCGGGAGUUCCGCUUUUAGAUUAUGUAUUGGAGGCGUUGGCUUUGGGAGGUGUAGGAGAAACUAUUCUGUUUUGUUGCCAGGACAGUUCCAAGAUCAAAGAACACAUAAAAAAAGGCAUUGAUAAUAAAGCUCCAUGGAGUCUGACAAUGGAAGUGCAGGUACUGUCGUCAGACACUUGUCAGACCAUGGGUGAUGUAAUGAGGGAAAUUGAUGCUGCAGCUCUUGUCAAAGGUUAUUUUAUUCUUACCUGUGUCAACAGCAUUACAAAUGUUAACUUUACUGCAUUGUUGGAUCAGCAUAAGCAAAUCUGCAAAAGAGACAAAGGUGCAGCAAUGACUUUAGUCUACAAAAAGGUCGCAUGGGAACAUCCAUUGAUAAGUUCAGAUAAACCAACUUUCUUGGCCGCCGAUGCUAAUACUAAGAAAGUGCUCAUCCACAAAAAAUACAAACCAAAAUCCGACGAAAAAUCUUUGAAUUUACCUUUGGAAUGUGUGUUAAACCAUUCUGAAGUAAGACUACAUCAUAAUCUUGUAGAUGCCAAUAUUGCUUUGUGUUCUCCUUCUGUGCCACCACUGUUCUCUGAUAAUUUUGACUUCCAAACUAGAGAUGACUUCAUACAUGGUAUUCUCAUAAAUGAGGAAAUUUUAGCCAGCUCCCUUUACUACACACUUGUAAAAGAACACCAGUAUGCUGCUGCUGUCACCAAUUGGAAGACGUAUCAAAUUGUCUGCCGCGAUAUCCUGCAUCAAUGGGCGUUUCCCUUAUGUAUAGAAACAGGAUCAUUCUACCAAAACAAUUAUGUCCUAAUGGCUUGUCAUAACUUCCGGAAAGCAACUUCUAAAUUGAGCAGGUCUUGUACACUAAUAGAAGAUGUUUUAGUUGGAGACAACACACAAAUCAGUGAUCACACAACUGUUACAAAAUCUAUGAUUGGUGACAAUUGUGAUAUAGGAAACAAUGUUACAAUAAGUGGAAGCCAAAUUAUGAACAAUGUGGUGAUAAAGGAUAAUUGUAAAAUAAUAAAUACGUUUAUUGAUGACAAUGUUGUGGUAGAAGAAAAUUGUGUUUUGGAAGCUGGUGCUAUUUUAGCAGCUAGUGUGCAUGUGAAAACUGGCCGUAAACUAAAAGGAAACAUUAUUGAGUCUGAUGAUAAGGAAAAUGAGAAAACAUUGAUGAAAUCCGCGUCAGAAAGUGGCACAGAAUGGGAGAAUGAGUCUUCAGGCAGUGGUGGAGAUGAAUUUAUUGGUUUUGAGAAGGAAUGGAGUGACAGUGAAUCCUUUUAUACUUCUGAUAGUAGUGCUGAAUCUUCUCUGCCCGAUUCUCCUAUUCCCGAAGACACUAACAUAUUUUUACAAGAAGUCAUAGAAAGUUUGGCAAGAGGAUACAAUGAUAAACUGAAAUGUGACUAUCUGAUAUUAGAGAUUAAUUCAUCAAGAUAUGCAUAUAACAUCCAAUUGCAUGAAGUAAACUUUUUUGUCAUUAGAGCCUUGCUCAGUAUGCCAGCUCUAACAGAGGCUGAUAAUGUUGUGGUCGCAGUUAAAGAUAUUCUAAAAUAUUUUCGUCCUGUUUUGUCCAAUUAUAUUAAAACAAAGUCUUCUAUUAUGGAUUGUUUAAGAGCAGUUGAAGAUAGCUGCAUAAAAUGCGAGUGGUUAAAUGGCAAAACAGGUCAAAUUCUUCAUUUAUUAUAUGAAGCUGAUGUUGUUGAUGAAGACUCUUUGCUGGAAUGGUAUGAAGACCUCAAAGAAAAUGAAAGUCCUAUAGUGACACAACCUUCUUUACUCAAGUUCUUUGAUUGGCUACAGCAAGCAAGCGAGGAAAGUGACGAAUCAGAAUGA